AAUUUUCUCCCUCAAUCCUGUAACAAUCAUUCUUUACAGAAUUCGACCCCCAAAGUUCUGGGUAUUUAUGUUCCCGGUCUGUUAGCUCAACCUGAUGGAAAACCCCUAAUUCGACUUUAAUCCGCAAGAAUUGAGUCUCAAUUCAGUUCUGAAACCCAAAGGGGGUUCUGAUUUUUUAUCUUUUGGCCCCCUUUUUUACUUUUAAUCAAUGUUUUUAUGGUGAAGAUCAAUAAAGUCUGAUUUUGCUUGGUAAUUUUGUGGAAGAGAAGAGAAUUAAGUCAUGUUCUAUGGUGCGGUGGCGUGGGAUCCAUGGCUAAUAGUGGCGCAAAUCGUGUGCCUUCAAUGUCUCUACUAUCUCAGUUUGGGGGUGUUCUUGUCGAUUCUUGUCGGGCCGAGGGCGUCCAAGAUGAGCCUGGUGUAUUUCUUUGAUUUUGCUACGGUUACUGCCUCCACAGCUGUUGGAUGGUGCGUUAUGGCUUCCAUCUUUCUCAGCUCUGUUGCAGGAGCUGGAUUUUUAGUUUAUUUAGUUGAAAGGGCAAAGAAAUGCUUGGACUUUUCUGCUACCCUUUUUAUCAUCCACCUUUUGAUUUGCUUCUUCUAUGGAGGUUGGCCCUCAUCAGUGACGUGGUGGGUUGUGAAUAUUACCAGCCUAGCAGUGAUGGCAUUGUUAGGUGAAUAUUUGUGCAUGAGGCGUGAAUUACGUGAAAUCCCGAUUGGAAGAUAUAGAUCGAAUUAUCAUCAUCUUUAUAACCACGAUGGAAUCAGCAUAAUUUUAUUUCAAGAAUCGUCUCUUGAUGCAGAUGUUUGACAAGGGAGAAACUUUAACCAGUUCAUGUUUAGAGGUGCUGCUGUUCAUGUGCGAUACUAAAGUUGAUCGUUUCUAUUGCAACAUGCUCUACGGAAAUGGACCCUGUUGGUGUUCAAGACAUAAUAUGUUGCUCGGAUUGAUUCUUUUUGUCGAUUGGAAUUUAUUCAGCAGAAUUUUGAGCAGUACUUGUCGAGGUAGAUUUACGCUCUUGCAAUUUGGACGCAGAAAGAUCAUGGAAAAGACUGUAUAUGUAGUUUAAUGAAAUUCAAAUGGCAUCUCUUUUAGGGAUGUAGAUGAGUCGAGUCCAAGCUCAACGAGUUUAUAUGGAAGAGGUUCGAGCUCGAAUAAAGAGAUCUAGUCCAUGUAGGGGUGUUCAGUUUGGUAAACUGAAUCGAAUUUUUGGUUAAUCGAAAAUUCAGUACGCCGAAUUGGUGCAUAGACACCAGACCGAGCUGGGUGGUUUUGUCGGAA